GUGUUCACUCGAUUCUUUGUUUCUAUGAUUGAGACAGGAUGGCAAGAACUAAGCAGACAGCACGUAAAUCCACCGGAGGCAAAGCUCCCCGCAAGCAGCUAGCCACCAAAGCUGCCAGGAAGAGCGCCCCAGCUACCGGCGGAGUGAAGAAGCUUCACCGUUACCAGCCAGGGACUGUAGCUCUCAGGGAGAUCCACCGUUAUCAGAAGUCCACCGAGCUGCUCAUCCGCAAGCUGCCCUUCCAGCGCCUUGUCCGUGAGAUCGCUCAGGAUUUUAAGACCGAUCUGCGCUUCCAGAGCUCUGCCGUCAUGGCUCUGCAAGAGGCUAGCGAGGCUUACCUGGUGGGUCUCUUUGAGGAUACCAACCUGUGCGCCAUCCACGCCAAGAGGGUCACCAUCAUGCCUAAAGACAUCCAGCUGGCUCGUAGGAUCAGAGGAGAGAGAGCUUAA